GCUCAUACUUUUCUCUUCAUUUUCUACUUACACUCCUCACUCCAUUUUUUCAGCAUCUAACUGCUCAAUUCCUUGCAUUUUCUUUACAGAUCCGAUACCAAACCUUCUUAUAUACUCGAUAUCCGAUUUUCUGGCCCCCCAAAACCCUUGUUUUCAUUGCAUUUUCCUUAUCUUCUCCAGAUUCUUUGAGUAAAGAAUAUUUUUUUAGCUACAGUAUUCAUUGGGGGAGUGAGUGUUUUGGGUUUUCGUUCUGGUUUCCUGGAAAAUGCAAGGAUAAGUAAAAGAAGAAACACUUUACGAAAUUCGGAUUCCCUUUAUGUUGCUUUUUCUUUGUUGGGUUUAUGUUUUGGAUCGGGAAUCCGUCUAUUAAGCUUAAUGGGUUUCGGAAAUUUUGUGUCUUGGAAACAAUUUUGAUUGUAUUUCUUAUCUUUCCUUGUAUGGUGCAACUUUUCUCGGCAACCAAACAAAAAUUUUGGAGUAGUUUCUUUUUUGUAGUUUUCAUCUUCUUUUUUUCAUAAGCACUCAAUGAAGCUUUUGAUCAUUGGAGAACGGAGAUCUCAACACUCGAAUGCUUUAAAUUUUAUGCUUAUUUCAGGGCCAGUGUGAUGUCAGUAUGACUUGAAAGAGAAGAACAGGUUGCAUCGUUUUUGAUAUCAACAAUCAGAUUGGGUUUCAUUUAUUGGGAUCAAUCCUAAUCCGUGAAGCAGUGAUUAGAUUCCUUCUCCGAGGACAUGCGCAUUCAAUUCUUCCCCAAAAUAUUCGUGGUCUUAAACCAGAGCUGGGGAUUUUCUAUUCACAGUACAAAUUAAUUAAGGUGAAGAUAAGUUAAAUCUUAGCCAAAUCCAGCAAACAUCAUGUUGAUUGCAGUUGAUAAAUGAUGGGUUUUUUGGUGUUGUAUCGUCAAGUCAAGGAAUUGUUUUUGUGGGUCUGGUGUUUGGUCUAAUUGGGAGGUGUUUGUGUUGAUAAAAAUUGUUGGGUGAAGUGGGAUUUGGUUGAGGAGAUGUUGGAGCCCGAGCUUUGCUCUUCUAGGGUUCUCUCACCUUUCCGUGAGGAAAGUGGUGAUGAGGAGCUUUCAGUUCUUCCCAGGCACACCAAAGUUGUUGUCACUGGAAACAACAGAACAAAGUCUGUGCUGGUGGGCCUGCAAGGCGUGGUCAAGAAGGCUGUCGGCCUCGGUGGUUGGCAUUGGCUGGUUUUGAAGAAUGGGGAUGAAGUUAAGCUGCAAAGGAAUGCAUUGAGCGUGGUGGAACAUCCUACAGGGAAUGAAGUAGAUGAGGAUCAUGAUUUUGAUAACUCAAGCAGUGGAUCUGAGCUUGGUGAAAAGGAUCAUGAUUUUUCUAGCAGCAUUGAAUUCCAGAGACCUAGCAAGCCAAGAGUUCGGCAAAGAAGACCAUCAGUUCCAUCUGCAUCCGUAAAAUCAAUGAAUCGCAACAGUUACAGAGAUGUCCAAUCCAUUAUUCAUGCACCUCAACUGAAGGUAAAUUUGGCAAGACUAGAUACAGAUGCAUUCAGGAGAUAUUGCAGACACUAUCACAUUGGUGGUAUCAAUUCGGAUUCAUCAAGGGAACAACUGAUCAGCACUGUGCAGCAGCAUUUUGCCACACUGCCACCAUUGAACGAGGGCCAAGUGAUCUCAGAAUUCAUCGGUGCAGCCAAGAGACAGAAAAAGGUUGACACACGCAUCGGGUGAUGGAUCUUUGGAUGUUCAACACCUUGCAUUAGUAGAUACAUAGUUAGCUCUAACCUUUAGAUCAGAUCUAAUGACAACAGACUAAUUGGAAGCAGUGGUUGAUUCAAUCUCAAUCUCAUCACGGAUUCUAAACUUGUAAUAUAUAGCCAGUGCCCUUGGAUAAUUUCCCCAGUAGAUGUAUCACUGCUAUCUCUACCAUCUGAUAAUGCAUCCACUGAAUUCUCCAUUUCUCACACAUCAUGUGAAUUUCUUUUGAUAUGUUUUGAGUUUCCAUUAGAGAUCUUUUUCACUAGAUGAUGUUUGUGGGUAGAGAGAAGGAACUGGCUGGCAUUUGGUGUCACAGGGACCUGUGCAACUGUAUGUGAUGUCGAUUUUCUUGCCCCAUUGUCUCCUAGCCAUUAUUCGCUACAUCAAGAGAUCUUGUGCAUAAAAAGUUGCCUUGCCA